UGGCUCCCUCUCGGGGAAGGUGGUUUUGCCAUGCCACUUCUCCAAUAUGCCCACAGCCAAGCCCUCCAUCAACGCCAACGGCACAGUAACCCCCACCAGCACAGACUACCUGCGCAUCAAAUGGACCAAAAUUAAUGGGGAAAAGGAAUCCACAGUGCUGGUGGCCCAAAAUGGCGUCAUUAAGAUAGGCCCCAUCUACAGAAACCGUGUGUCGGUGCCCAGCCACCCAGAGGAUGUGGGGGAUUCUUCUCUGACCAUGGUGAAGCUCCGAGCCAGCGACGCCGGCACCUACCGCUGCGAGGUCAUGUAUGGUAUCGAGGACACGCAGGACAUGGUCAACCUCGACGUCAAGGGUGUUGUGUUUCACUACCGGGCAAGCACCAGCAGGUACAACAUGAACUACAAGAGUGCUGUCCAGGCCUGCCAAACCAUAGGAGCCUCCAUCGCCACGCUUGACCAGCUUAAAUCAGCCUAUGAUGACGGCUUUGACCAAUGUGACGCAGGCUGGAUCGCAGAUCUGUCAGUUAGAUACCCAAUCACCAGACCUAGACCUGGCUGCUAUGGCAACCUGCAGAGGAAGGCUGGGGUGAGGACGUAUGGAGCCAGGAAGGCCACAGAGACCUAUGAUGUCUACUGUUAUGUGGACAAGCUAGAUGGUGAGGUGUACUAUGCACCUGUGACCCGAAAGAUGACGUUUGAGGAGGCGAAGAAGGAGUGUGAGAACAGGAACGCCGUACUGGCGUCGCCGGGUCAGCUCCACUCCGCCUGGAGACAGGGUYUGGACAGAUGUGACUACGGCUGGCUCUCCGACGGUAGCGCUCGCCAUCCCGUCGCCGUACCCAGAAUGCAGUGCGGUGGAGGUCUACUGGGCGUCAGGACCAUGUACCGCUACAGGAACCAGACUGGCUUCCCAGAACCCUCCACCCAGCUGGGAGCCUACUGCUUUACAGCUACGAGGGAGCUGAGAAAUCAGACAACCUGGGUGGAUGUAUCUGUGGAGGGUUCUACCACGCCCCCCCCCAUGCUGGCCACGUCUCCCAUUGGUUCCACAACAGAGCUCUCUUCUCUGGACAGAGGCAGCACUACCCAGACCCUGAGUUCUGAACUUGUCACAGAGACAGGAGAAUCAGCUGAGACAGCAGCGACUCCGUCUAUGUUCUCAACCAGCAUGGCCCCGCCUCGCCMCACCCCGGUAACACAUGAAGAUGAUCUUGAAGAGGUGACCCCGCUAUACACAACCGCUGCUACAGAGCCACACACUACCGUUGCCACCAUCACCAAGCAGACCAUUGACAAUGUCAUUACAACGCCCUUCCCCGAUUCCCACGUCAAUGACUUUGAGGAAAUCUCAAGCCAUGUGGAGUCGUACCCAGGCCGUGGAGACUCGUUCCAAGCUCCACCCACUACAACAGGAAGUCCAACAGCUCCACAUCCUGGUGAUUCUACCUCCACUGCUCCCCCUCCGGCCACUGCAGCCGUACUGGUGGAUGAUGCCAAACCUGAAGAGUCUGUAGGUACCACCGUGGCCCAGCCACAGAGCACAGAAUCUGGGCAGAGAUUGGCUGAAGCCACAGAAGAACCAGAGGAUCACUCCAUGAUUGAAGUCGGCACGGUUCAACCUGACAUUCUUCUAGAGGCCUCUCCAAGCACAGAACCCAUGUUUGCUCAUGGAAACACAGAGCAAACCGUCCUGGAAGGGAUCACUCCAGAGAUGACCUUAAACCUGAAAGACGCCCAAUCAGUUUCGACAACCGAACUAACUGAAUCAAUCACCACUGAGGAAACUACAGAAGAACCAAUCACCUCUGAGCAAACUACAGAUGAACCUAUUAGUACCGAGGACACUACAGAUGAUUCCAGUCUACAUGUAACUGAAGUGUCCUACACUCUUGAAACCACAGAUGAUUCCACAAUGAUGACUGCCUCUACCACUCCAGAUGUGUCAGUAAGUGKUGCUACUUCUCAACCAAUUGAUCAUAUUGAAGUUGAGGCUAGUGCCCAACCCUCAGCAGUAGAGGUCCUUGAGGGAUCCUCUGAAGGAAUUGUAGAGAGACUUCCACCAGUUCCUCCAACCCAAGAGGUACAUGAUGAGCCCUCAACCACCACAUCUCCCAUCACUCUCCCAAUCGUGUGUGAUACAGAUCCCGGCACCUGCAUAGAGACCACCACCACCCCGACUCAACCAGGAACCACACACUCAGCAAUACCAAUGGAUUCAUCAUUGAAGCCUUUAGAUGGCUCAGAAACGGAUGCCCUGACCACACACUCAUCCCAAGAGUCAACCGUGCAAGCCGUCACUCACCCGGCUGAGACAGAGGGUGUUUCUGAAGCUGAGGCCACCCAGAAACCUCUUCCUCAUGAUGUAGAGACAACAGCCACCGUGUACAGGGAGGAGGCAAGUCAAACACAGGCCGCAACAACUGAAUCCACCACACUACAUGCAACCGUGACAUCCAAGCAGCCUUCCUCUGUGAGCACAACAGCAGUUGCCAUUCUCAUCAACAUUGAGACGUCAGCUGAGGAUGUGACCUCAGGCGUACAGGUCAUUGAAGAGUCCACCACUCACAUCCCUGAGUUCCCCUGUGAAACCCUGACUGAAGACCCAGACACCCCCACAGACAUCGACACAGAAUACUUCACAUCUGCCCCAAUGACCUCCGCCGUGAUCAAGCCCACCAGGGCUCCAGCCACCGUGGGCCCAGACGGACUUCCAAUCCAUGUCAUCAUUGUCAAUGUUGACGAGCAGAAGCAGAACAAGUCAGUGGAUGCGACUCUGCUGAUCUUAGACACUUUGAGUCAGUUCCCUAUCAUCCCUGCCGUUCCUGACCAGGCCAUCCCCUCCCUGGUGGAUGGUGAGCCCAUGCUGGCCAGUGGAGAACCUGACUUAUUCUCCUCUGCUGCUGUCACCAUCACCCCAAUGCUGAGCUUCAUCAAUGGAAAACAUGAGGUGACCCUGGAGCCAGAGAGAAGACAGGUAGAGGAGGAGGUUGGGAGGAGACCAGGAGGAGACCAGUUCCAGUUUGAGGGAAAUGUGACCGCGCUGGGGGGCAGUGAGGAGGAGAUGAUCCCCACCGUUUUUGAUUACUCUGUGAUAGAGAUUGGUACUAUAACAGAUGUAACAGAACCUCCAGAGCAGGUUGUGGAAACCACCCCAUCCAAAACAAAGCAAACAGCUGAGRGUGUAUCAUCUCUUUCAGAAACCAGAGAGGGACCAAGUGACAUCAUAACUACAUCUACUGAAGCAGUGUCCACUGUUUCACCAUCUGGCACAGCAGUAACCAAAGCUUCAGAACAAACCCAAACAUCUCAUACACCCACACCCCCUGAAGGAAGCCAGCAAGUCAGCACCUCUGUGUUUGACAAAGAGGUGGAGGGAUCAGAGACACAACCCCCGGAUGAUGACAGUAAUGCUGAGGUGACUCAGCCAGAAGGGUCUGUGGAAGAGCUCUCUGUCUCUCCCACAACUGAACUGCACGUGUCCACAGAYGCGACUGAAAUUGCAGAAGGAACAAAGAGCACCUCUGCUGUUCCAGAUGUUGUCAUCUCCACUCAAACCCCUUUACUGUCCGUCUCUACACCCACUUCUGGUGAUGUUGAAGAUGGAUCACCGCCAGCGACACCCAGUGACGUUGAGGGCUCCACCUCAGGCGAGGAGGAAGGAUCAACACAGGACACACACACUCCUCAGGAACCAACCAGCACCACUCUGCCUUCCUUAACAACAAGUGCCCAAACAACUUUAGGAGAAACUAUCACGACUGAGGUGACGCCAUCCAAAGARGCAGGCAGCACCAAAUCGCAUUCCUUGAGCUCUACCACAGCUGAAUUUUUGACAAGCCAGAAAGAGGGAACAACAGUUAGCCAGCCUUUUGUGUCUCCCACCGUGAAAGACACGACUGCAGCACAUAUGGUUUCCAUACCAGAGGAGGAGACCACAGGAGACCAAACUCCUGAUAUGUUCACAACCAGCUCUCCAUCAUCCAACAUGGAACAGAUCUUGUUAGGAUCCACAACAACGUUACCAAGAACAAGCUCAGCAGACACUACACAGGACAGUGAGAUAACAGCACUGACCAAAGACAGAACAGGCACAGAGAAACCAUUAGUUGUUCCUGUCAUUGAUGAGACUGAGACAACUUUAACCUCCACAGAUGAAGAGGGUUCUGAGAGUCCGGCAAUAUCUCCAAUGUCCAGCAAAGAAUUUCCUUCAACAACUGCCUCUCCAAUAUAUAGUACUAUUCAGAUGAUUAAGACAACCAUGGCAACUCUCUCAGACUUAGUCAGCCGAUACACCACACAGGGCACAAUUCUGACAAGUGAGGUACCUAAACAAGACGAAGAGACCACAAGCAAAGAUAAACCGUCAGUUACCCCAACUAUUACGGAGGAGGAAAGUUCAGGUGACCCUGGUAUGUUUACUAGCACAUCUACUGCAAAACCUCUCUCUCCUCUUUAUAGUACAGUCAAAACAGAACAUGAUGUGACCACAAGCUCAACAGCAACCAGUGAGGCUACAGAGCAAACAGAGAAACCAUCAGCUACUCCGAUUAGUGAUGACACAAAGACUAGCACAGCUGUCACCUCUACAGAUGAAGAUGAGAUUACUCCGAUGUCCACUAUGGAGUCUCUUGUGACAACAGCAUCUCCUGUGUUCAGCACGAGCAAAAUGGAGGAUGAUAGAUCAACAUUAUCAUCAAGCAUUGAACCCAGUAAAAAAGUUGAUGUGUCACCAACAGUGUCACCUUCUGUGACUUUCAGCCCAGCUGUUUCUAGUGGAGCUACAGUGGAUACUCAAGUGACUGAGGCAAGCUCAACACUAUCCUCUACAGUGACCUCAGGUGACCAGACAAAUGAGAUUUACACCAAAGACACUGCAACUCCCACAGUGUCGUAUUUGUAUAGCACUGAGAAACCAGUAAUUACUACCACAGUGUCAUAUGAAACAGCAGAAAGUGCAGUUACCGAGCAGGCUGAGAAACUGGCAGGCUCAGAAAAACCUUCAUCUAUUCCUGUUACAGAGACAAGCUCAGCUCUCACCACAGAUGAAGAGAGCUCAGGUGAUCAGACUCCUGAUAUGUUUACCAAAGAGCCUGUCACUUCAACAGUUUCUUCUGUUUGUAGCACAGUCAAAGCAGAACAAAUGACAACCAUUGAAAUGCCACAUGUAAUGAUCACAACAGGAAAGAGUGAAGUUACAGGGCAGACUGAGAAAUCAUUGGGUUCAGAAAAACCCUCAGUUACACCUGUUAUUGAUGAGGUGGUGACGAGCACAGUUAUCUCCUCUACAGACGAAGAAAGCUCAGUUGACCAGACAAGUGAUACUUUCACCAUAGACUCUGCAACUAAAACAACCACCACUUUUCCUCUGUUUAGUACUGAGAAACCAGAACAUGUAGAGACUACAGAAUCACAUGGAACUGCAACAGGGGAGUCUCCACAGACUGCUACAACUACAGCUAAUUCUCUGUAUAGCACUGAGAAAUCUGGACAAGUAACCACUGCAUCACAUAAAACUGCAACACCUGACACUGUGACUGCUACUACUACAGUUUCAUCUGUAUAUAGCACAGAGAAAACAAUGUCACAAGAAACAGCAACAGCGGAGACAGUCACUGAAGUCACAGAGAGGCCAACAAGCACAGAAAAACCUUCAGGUACCCCUGUUACUGUUCACACAGAAGAGGAUACAAGCUCAAGUGGAGCAACAGCUCUGUUCAACAGGAGAGGAUACAAGCUCAAACCCUUACAGAGGAGGAUGGUUCUGGUGACCAGACCACUGAUAUGUUUACCAAGGCACCAGUCUCAACGAUUGAGUUUGUCAGUAGAAUACCACUGUUCAUACACGACUGGACAGGUGAUGGAACAAACCGGGCAUCAACACAGUAUACCCACAGCACCUCUUCACCCAGGGACUUGCGAGGGAUCUGGAAUCUCAAAGACAGAGGAUGACCAAGAGACAACUCAGCCAGAGGGUUCAGGUGAGGAGGUAGUAGUUGAGACCACCACUAAACCACAGGACCAGUUCACGGUUGCCACAGAUGAGACAGAAAUCAGAGAGACUGAAAGCACAUUUUGGACUCCAAAUGUUGAUGCUUCAAAAGAGUUCACACAGUCACAGGAAUCCACAUCAACCCAAUCUCCUUCCAUGUCAAGCACAGGUAAACCAACAGAGGCUUCCACAGCCUCUUUCACAGAGCAGGGUAGUGGUGACUUGACAAUUGACUCUACAGUUGAGAAUGAUGGUACAGAGGACGAGAGUUCAGGUGAAGACAAUUUAGACGUGUCCACUAAGMAACCUGCAAGCACGACUGCUCCUCUCCUGUCUAGUCCAGCAACAACAAAGGAGGAAUUUACCACAUUGUCUKUCAGCGGUGACACCACCCUUGAAACAGCUGUUGAGGUUGAUGCAACUCUAUCAAUCGGCACAACUGCAGAGGUACCUAAGGUUAUUUUUAGCACAGCUCAGACCCAGGAAAGUGAGGUGACAGAAAAAGAUACAAGCAGCACAGAGAAACCAUCAGUUGCUUUAAUGUCAAAUGUAACACACACAGACRAUGAAAGUUCAGGUGACCAGACCCCAGAUAUGUUUACCAAGGAAACAGGCCAAACAGAAUCCAUUGUGUCAAGCACACCAGGCCCAGAUGACGAGGGUCAUGUCAGCCCAGAUACAGAAACCACCAUCAGUCCAGAUGCUACACAGCCCCCUGCUACUUUGAAUGAUCGCACAACUAUGACUGAUAGCACAACUAUGAGUGACCGUACAACACACCGAUUCCUUAUAACCGAAAGAGACCAUACUACGACGAAAGCCCAUACAACAGUGAGUGAUCAUUCAACUGUUGGAGACCACACAGUAGCAAGAGACCACACCACUGUCAGAGACCAUACAACAGUGCCUUUUAGAUCACAGUCAUCCACAUUCACUGCUCUCCCCUCUAUUAUAUACCAGGGUGUUACCGACCAGCAGGUCAUGAUAGUCACCUCAACAAGCAGCCAAACCAAAACUGACCAGACCCCCACUAUGGUGCUGCACGGUACGAAACCAUCGACAAGCACAGUUAUCAUAUUUACAGAGGAGGCCGGAGAUGAGGACACACUGUUCUCCACUGUUACUGACAGCAUGACCACAACCCCUGAGAUUAUCACCAAAGAUGAAACCAUCAUUGACGCUGAUACUGUGGCAAUGGUUGAACUCUCCUCACCUCUCUACCCCACCAUCUUUACAGAGGAAGCAUGGGGAGUCACAGCCAUUACCAUGACACCACAGUUCUCAAUUGCAAUGACAAAAGAACCUGAAGGGUCUGGGGCAGAUGACUAUUUGUCUUCCACAAUUGACUCACUGAGUCUGGCCACAACACAAAUCCCAUCAGUCACCUCUGUAGAUAUAUCUGCAGAGGCAAGUGCUAAGACAACAAGAAGGUCUGCAAAAGUUAAACAUUCAGAGACUGUGAGAAUGACCACCUCGUCAUCGGUAGAGGAUGUUUUUAGUGAGGCGUCUACUUCAGGGUUUGUGUCCUCUGUAGCUCAAACCACCCAAGCCAGAGCUCUAUCCACCGAGUCCAGCUCUCAGACGGCCUUCACCACACCAAAUGUGUUUAUUGAUGAGUUCUCCGGAGAUGGUGUCACUGGUGAGGAGUCUGAUACAGAGCCUACUCCUUCUGCCCCUGUAUCAUSCCAAGCAUCAACUCUCCCCAUAGAUACAAGCUCACAGACCACAGUUAGCAGUGAGGAAUUCCCGACAGAUGCAAUUGAAUUAUCCAUCACCCCUUCUCCUACUACUGUUAAAGCUAGAGUAGAAGACACAUCUGAUGAUCAUGCUGAAGUGGAGGCCACAACAGUGUCAUCUAGUUCCACCCAAGCCACCAAGGUGUCUGACACGCCUACACAACAGACGCCAGUGUCCACUGAACAAGACAAAGAGACUGUGAAAUCAACCAGCCCAUUGCCUGUUGAUGAGUCUUCAGGAGAAGACGACUCUGAAGGCUCUGRAUCUGAGACCUUCACCUCUGUAGUGGAGACCUCCCAAACCACAAUCCCCACCUCAACAGCUACUAAGGAGGGUGAAGCGACAGAGAUUACCAUUCUAGUACCUUCAUCUUUAGAGGAGGGCAUCUCUGGGGAUGACAUGAAGACUUCGAAUCCCAAACCCUCUGAAGCCACUUCCUCCCUGUAUAGCAAAGAUAAACCAUCAGUUGCUUCCAUUUUGGWUUUAACCUCCACAGAUGAAGAAAGCUCUGGUGACCCAACCCCUAAAACGUUUACCAAAGAGUCUGUUACUGUACGUUUACGAAUGACAUCCACAACUACGGUUUAUUCUCUGUUCAGCACUGAGAAACCUUCACUUUCUUCCAUUUCGGAUAUAACCUCCACAGACGAAGAGAGCUCUGGUGACCAUACCCCUGAUAAGUUUACUAAAGCGUCUAAAGCUACCACAGUUUCUCCAGUUGACAGCACUGUCAAAAUGGGGCAGGUAAAAGCCACAACAAUGUCACCUGAAAAAGCAACAGCAGAAAUUGAAAAGACUACAACUACCACAGAUUUGUCUCUGUUUAGGACUGAGAAAACAGAGAAAGCUUCCUCCCAGGCAAGUUUGUCUGUCCAUUCCACUGUUGCGCCAUCUGUAAUGCCCGAUGUGGUGGAGCAGUUUGUCACAACUUUUGUCCCCGGGGUGGACGUGACAAAACCUGAAGAAUCUUUCCAACAGGCUAGGUCUGAGAUUGCAUUUACCCAACAUGCAUUUACCCAUACCUCUGAUAUGUCAGUCACUACAACAGCUUCUUCUGUACACAGCACUGUCAAAGCAGAACAAGUGACAACCACAGUAAUGCCACAUGUGAUGUCACCAGAAGAGACUGCAGCCAUUGAUCCGACAGAAACACCAACAGACUCAGAGGAGUUAGUAACUCCUGGUGUUGAUGACACAGAAACAGGUUCUACAGAUGAAGAGAGUUCUGGAGAUGAGCCAAGUCCGAUGACCACCCAGGAGUCUCCUGUAACAGAAGCUCAUUUACACAGUAGCACAGCCAAGCCAUUGCAGACAUCAACAUCAGCUGUCUAUGAAUCCGUGGCUGACCUUACCUCUCCUGUAACAACUGCUGAUAGUGAAGAAACCAAACAGACAGACCUAACAAACACAGGACAGCCAUCAGAUAUUCCCAGUUCAGUGAAAAGCACAGUGAUCUCAGUUCUACCUGAUAAAGAUAAGGAGAGCUCAGGUGACCAAACCCUUGACAUUUUUACCAAAGACUUAGCAACUACUACAGUUUCCUCUCUUUUUAGCACAGAGGAACCUACAACAACAUCAAKGGAAACUGUAACAGAGGAGAGUGAAGUCACUGACCAAACUGAGAGACCAUCAGGCUCUGGAAAACCGUCAGCUACCAUCUCCGUCUUAGCUUCCACAGAUGACCAGAGCUCAGGUAACCAGACAAGUGAGGGUUUCACUACAGACGCUUCUUCAACAGAAUAUCCUCUCUAUUCCACUGAGGCAGCAUCAGAGUCUGACGUGGUGGUCCAGUUUGUCACAACAUUUGCCCCAAAACCAGACAUGACAACACCAGAGGAGUCGUUCGAACAGGCCAGGUCGGAGAUAACAUUUACUCAUCGUCCUCAUACUGAUCUCUCUUCUGAGGAAACGGCAUUGCCUACAACCAGUCCCAUGCUGCCUAAGGAAGAUUCAAGCCAGUCUUUAGAAACUAUAACUGCGCCUGCACAGAGCUCAGAAUCAAAUUUAGUCUCUACUGCUUCUUCAGUGAAGACUGAUGCUGUUUUACCCACACCAGAGGCAGAGGUACAAGUUGAAGCUUCAAGCCAGGUACCUACAACAGAGGAGACUUCUCCUAGUGCAGAGGGCAGCUCCGAACAAGAGGCUGUGGUUGAGGAGACAGGUGUUCCUAUCAUUGUUUCUCCUCUAACUGAGAAGGUAUUAGAAACUAAAGUGAACAGUACACCAUCUGCAAUGACAUACAUUGAUGAAAUGGUGGACUAUGAAAGUACCUCAGAGCCAGUACAGGUUAAAUCUAUACCUUCCGUCGUUAUAACCACCACAAAGCCUGGGGUGGAAGCAACAGCGCUCAGAACUGCCCCAACACAGAAUGUCCCAACACAGACUGUCCCAACACAGAAUAUCGAGAGUGUGUCAUCGAAUUCAGAGAGCACUUCAGAGAGCAGAUCAGAGGAACUGUCCAGCCCAUCUGUGACUCAAUCAGUAUUAGCCUCCUACAGCUUAGAAAGCAGUUUGGAGGAAAAGUUGACAAUAGCUUCAACCUUGAAGCCAGAGAGUGACACAACUGAGGAGACCACCCCAUCCCUCUUCGUGACACAGACAGAACUGACAGCCGCCAUCACUGGUUCACCCUAUCUCACGACUCCUAGUGCUGAAAUUGAGUCAGCCGGUUCUGAGAGCAGUCCAGAAGAAAAUACAGUUUCUGAGAAGCCAAAAAUUGACACUAUGGAGGAAACCACCCAAUCGUCGGCACAGAUUCAGACCAUGGUUUUGCCAGGUGUCACCAGUCCACCAUUUCGCCAGUCUCCAGCCGACCCCGGGGCGGAGUCCCUUAGUGUCGUAAGCUCCUCUGAGAAACAGGAAGCACAGGGUGAAAUUGAGGAAGUUGUUACUCCUACCACGGAGAUGCCAACGAGGGAGAAGCCAGAGUACACAACUAAAUCGCCAGCAGGAACACAGAACCAGACAGAAUCAGUCGCUACAAUCCACAGCAUUCCGUCAUCUGUGUCCGAGGAGGAGGAAACCGUGGACUAUGAUAAUGUAUCAGGACCUACGUUAGUCGAGGGUGAACCACCCAUCAAGGGAGCGGAAACUACCAGACUGGAUUUGGGGCACAUGAUCGUUGGCGAGACAAUUGAAAUUGCAGGCAUCCACUCCUGCACUGAGAACAUUUGUCUGAAUGGGGGCUCUUGCUACAGACGCGGAAGUCUCCCCUCUUGCAGCUGUGCCCCUGGCUACAGUGGAGAUCGUUGUGAAACAGACAUUGAUGAAUGUCAGUCCAACCCCUGUCACAACGGAGCUACAUGCGUCGACGGCCUGAAUUCCUUCACCUGUGUUUGCCUCUCAAGCUACGCUGGAUUCUAUUGUGAAGAAGACACUGAGACGUGUGACUAUGGCUGGCACAAGUUCCAGGGCCACUGCUACAAGUACAUCCCCCAGAGGAGGAACUGGGACACAGCGGAGAGAGAGUGCCGGGUACAGGGGGCACACCUGGCCAGCAUCCUCUCCCAUGAUGAGCAGCAGUUUGUCAACCGCCUUGGACAGGACUACCAGUGGAUCGGCCUGAACGAUAAGAUGUACGAGAAUGACUUCCGCUGGACUGACAGCACGCCCAUGCAAUAUGACAACUGGCGUCCCAACCAGCCAGACAGUUUCUUCUCAUCUGGAGAGGACUGUGUGGUGAUGAUCUGGCACGAGGACGGCCAGUGGAAUGACGUGCCCUGCAACUACCAUCUCACCUUCACCUGCAAGAAAGGCACAGUGGACUGUAACCAGCCCCCUCUGGUACAGAACGCUCGUACCUUCGGCAGGAAGAGGUCACGCUAUGAGAUCAACGCACUAGUGAGGUACCAGUGUAGGGACGGUUUCAUCCAGAGGCACGUGCCAACCAUCCGUUGCCGUGAAGACGGCCGAUGGGACAUCCCCAAAAUCGCCUGCAUGAGUCCAUCAAACUUCCAGAGGGACUUUGCGAGGAGGCAGAGUUACAGUCUGUUCAGUAGCAACAAAUACAAGCGGCGGUCCGACGAGGCGGCGGCCCGACAUCAUCCUCACCAUCGAGGAAGGAGAGAGAGGAGAGGCAGAAGACAAGCAGAAGACAAUGAUCGCCAUGGUUACGCUAGGUUACGUUUACUCAGAACCAGCAUAGCCUAAACCAUAGGAACUAAACCAUAGGAACGCAGGACUGUUAGUUAUGUGGAUAUUUUUUUUUUUAUGUAAUGAAAACAUUUGAAGAACUUUAAAGAAUGAAAGGACAAAAAGAAGAAACCCAAAGGAUAUUUACAAUUUUUCUUGCAAUUUUGAUGAUGGAAUCUUGGAAUGAUGUGCCUUUUUAAAGAAAUAUUAUUUUAAAGAAUAUUCUUAUAAAGGGACACUAUUUUAUAACAAAGCCAAAGUGGAUACCUUCUGUUGGCUACUGGGAAAGUGUGCUGGAGAUGUACUUUGGACCAAAUAAUGCAUUCAUCCGCAACUAUACGAUUUUCUCCAUUUUAUACAGACAGGAGAGCGUUCAACUCUUACAUUGGGAAAAAGAUACAGCUUUUGUGAAAAUAUAGCGCUUAUGUUAUGCAAAAKAAUACAAUUAAUUUACAAAUAGUCUGUGCUACGCAGGCACUGACAAUCAAAUGAAUCCACAAUACUCAAUCCAUCUCUCUCUUCUCUACAUUAUUCCGGAAAUUACAUUUCAAAGAAAGAGGUUCCAUGCUUGGGUUUAUCUUGUUGUUACACAUGAUUACUGUAUGCAUUUUAUACAGAGUUUUUCAUCCAAUACCACGCUUGGGACUGUCCGAUGACACACGUGACUGACCAAUCAGAUUUCAGAUCACAGAAAGAAAAACUGAAACAUGGCGAAGGCCCAUCCAAUCAGAAUUUAGAUUGCUGGAGACCUUUUAUCACUAGCUCUUUGUCAUCAGCUGCAGUCUUCAUCCCGUCUCAUCCAUAGAUAUAUAAAGAAUAUAUGAUGCGUUGAUAAUGGGUUAAUGUUUGUGCACAUCCAUUUAACACUUUUGCUUUCUAUUGUAUGUUGAGAAACUAGAGAGGAGAUUUCUAAGUAUUAUCUGACUGAGGGCCAAAUGAGUGUCUCCUCCGAGGCCCUAAAGGCCUUAUACAUUGAAGUGAAGCCAUCGACCUGUAAAUUAUGUGGCUGUGUUGAAUGAAACUAUAGAAGGGAAAGGAGGGUUAUGGAAUGUAUGUUUUCUAGACAAUAUAACCUGGAAUUCCUUGCUACGUUUACAACAAAUGCGAGGUAUUUUAAUGUUACUAAAACAAUGUUAUAAAAAUCCUUUAAAAAAUGAGCUUUGCUUCUGUUCUGCCUGAGGGGGUAACUUUUCUGUUUCCUGACACUGUAGGUGACUCAAGCUCUUCGCUUCCAUGUGAUAUUUUCUUAGGUCAAUGUAAAACUACUAUUGAGAGAAUGUACUUAGUGAAACACUUCGAAAGACUUGAACAAACACCUUUUUUAACAAAAGAUACAAAUAAUUUAUUUUUCAAGCUGCUCUUCCUCUUCUUGCUACGUUAUUGUUUUGUAAGUGAACUAUUCUGACGAUGCAAUCACUUGGUCUGACUAGUCUCAAUACUACACGUAUUUACAUGCUUUGUAGGAGACAGCUAACAUCGCAGUAUCUGAGUCAAUGUGAUGAAGAUAUUGCUUUACUACACACUACGCUAGACAGGCCUUAUAGUAUGACAUUUAGGGGUCAACAAUGGACCAAAGAGUAGGGCUUCAAUCAGCUGAAAGUGCAGUGUUUCCGUCACAAUAUCACCAAACACUUUGUACAGAUUUAGUGUUGCACAAUUGAUGACGGUCAUCCAGCAGUUGUUGUUUGUCUUUUUUUAUUUGUUGUGUUUUAGCAUUAAAGUGCACAUAAUAACAUUUUAUAUUUACAGUAUAACUUUUUUUUUUACAAUGUGAAAGUCUGGGAUGUUUGAGAAAUACAUUUUUUAAUUAAACAAGACUGUUUUACGUGCUCUCAGUCACCAAAGAAAUAAAAACAAAAGUUUGCCAAUUUUACUCGUGUCUCCUUUUUGUUUGUAAGGUCACCACCAUUACAUGUAUUAACAGUCUGGGGCAGGCUAGGUUUCAAAGCAUGUUACAAUCCAUGGUUUAACGUUCAGCAGUAAGCUUUGACUUUUACUGUGAUCGUGGUGGUCAACAGGACUUCACUUUGUUAGUAGUACAGUCUUACUACCAGCAGGUAGCGCUGUUCAACAUUGAACUAGUUGCAAGACAUGCCAUUUACUGCUCAAAGCUUUGUCUACAGAAACAGUUGCUGUCAAUGAACUGGGAUGGCUACUUUCACUUGAAAAUCUUGAGUAACUCCUGAACAUUUGUUCCUUGCGACAAUGCAACAUGUAUCCAGGAGGUGUCCUAUUGCUGCCUGAACGUUUGAAUUAAAAUAGAUAUGAAAGUGUGAGAGAUAUGAGAAAACAAAAUGUAUUG